AGCUCAGAGGCAACAGCAAGCCACCUAACGAUAGCUAGGGUACUUUAUUUCCGUAUAUUAGAGCAACUAAUUUUCAUGGACAGGUCUAAAUUACAAUUGUAGCAGUAGAUUUGUAGUAAAACGUAAUUAUGUUAUCAGUUUAGUGUAAAUGUUGCUUCAGACUGGAUGUCAUCGCUUCGAUGCUAUUUUGCACUUGCUUGUUAAAAAAGCGUUUCGAGUAGACUAUAGGAAGCUACCGAAAUGACGUUAGGUUACAUUAAAAAUUAGGCUAAAUAUAGAUAACUCUCAUGUAAAGUUUAGAAGCACGGUACAACAACAAUUAACAAACGCUUUUAAUAUCCGUGAUCUUUACUGGAAGGAACUAACUGUUCAAGUGUUUGCGUCAUGAGCGAAAGAAGAAGAAUUUUUAAAGUUGUUCUUCAAAUAACAUGUCAAUUAUUCUGGCUUGCUGGGCUGGUAGUGGGCCUCAGCGGUGUUUACCUCCUGCUGAACUUCAAGCACAGCGGAGUCUUCUUUCGCAACAUCUACAUCAUCCUCCCUGCUAUACUGGCCAUAGUGAGUGCAGUAGCUCUGCUCAGCAGCGGAGGCAUUGGCUGCUGGGUAUCUGUCAGAGAGUCCAACUGCCUGCAGGCAACAUUUGUGUAUCUGCUCGUCAUUGUAUUUUGUCUUGAGGCUACAGCUGCCACACUGGCUUAUGUAAACAUAGGAAAGGUGGACUCAGAACUUGCACCAUUCAGAAAUAUGUUCCAGAAUUACAGUGGAAGAAGUCAGGACCCUGGUACUGAUGCUGUGAAUUCUGUACAAGAAGAGCUGCAGUGCUGUGGAGUGCAUGACUACAGGGACUGGAUCACCACUGCAUGGUUUAAACAAACUGGAAAAAUGCGAGUACCUCAGAGCUGCUGCAACUCCACCUUCCACACCUGCAAUGGCACUCUGGACCAGCCACACAUGCUGUACUCUGAGGGAUGCCAGGUGAAACUGGAGGGUGCCAUGACCUUUAUUCUACACCUACUCAUUUAUUCAACUGCUGUGGUAGCUGUGGUACAGAUGGUGGGACUGUUCAGUGUGGCCCAACUGAUGAAAGACCAGCCUCUGCAAGAGUAUCGAAUCCUGGACAGAGACACCAUAAAUUAGUGAGGCAUUCGAUCAAAUAGGAAUGCUGAAAUACAUUGCCACAUUAAUCUUGUUUUCUUUCAAGGACUCAUGAAUUCAUCCUUCAGGAAUUUUGUAGACAUCACUUGUGUGUCCCUAAGCCUUUUGAUGCUCUCAACUUAAAGAUUUGCUGCAACAUAUUAAAGAUAUUUUGCAGCAAAAGAAAUAGUUUUCCAUUUUUAUUAGAUCGCGGAUGAAGAGAUGAAUGUGAUGUUAUGCUUUUCACUCCAUUGACUUGGGUAGGUAUGUCAAAAUUGACUUCAAAUUAGAAAACAUAUUACCUCUUUACAACAGAGAAACAGAAAUAUGUGCUUGAAUUGAAAGGGGAAAUGAAACACCAGUAAAAGUGUAUUUCAUAUUAAUAUGUAAUACAAGGUGCAUCUGCUUGUGAUUUUAAUUUUAAAAAUAUGUUUUGAAGUGGUUAUAGCUAUCAGACAUUAAAUUGUGAGUGCUGACCAGGCAUGAUACUUGCCCUUCAUUGCAGCUUUAUAAUCUCACCUCUCAGGUGGUUUUCUAGCCAGAUAGAUACCAUGAGAGCAGAGCAGAACUUCACACUUUUGCACAGUUACACUUAGCUAGCAAUGUUACUAACCAAAUGGGAAGAACACAUCGGAGUGACAGUACUAUCAUUGAACAGGUAGAUGAUGUAAUGAGUCUGGAAUACUCAUUAGAUAGCCAGCUAGAUGACUAUUUAAAAUUUACCAUGGUGACAUCAUUUGAAUGUAAAGGUGCCAUAUGUAUGUAGUGUUAUAUACGUGACUAGUUACCUAAAUGAAUGGCACUGGGUUCUGAUAGCCAAGCCAACCUAGACAGUAGGCAACAUGACCUUUUACUAGCUAGCUAGGUAUACUUACAAAUAUGUACACACAUAAAUAUACUGAGCAGAUGCUUAAGUUUUCUUUGUAUAUGUUUAAUCUUUAUUCUUAAAGUGAUCACUACAUAAGUUACUAAGAUACCGCUGUUCAUUUCUGUUGAACGUAGCCACUGAACAAGUUAAUAAUGUCACAGAUUGCGUAUGCAAUAGGUGCACACAUAUGAUCCGCUGGAGAGAAUUUCUGAAUGGAAAUAAUGCCAAGGGAAUAUUCCAAGCAAUUACCCAAUUUACUGUUGAUAACAGCAUCCUCUGGUGUAUCAGUCCUGUAUGUAAAAGUGUUUCAUUUCCUCCUUAAAUUUACUGCAGCUGUUCAAGGCAAAAGAUAAACCGUUGAAUGCUAAAACAUGCACAACAUCAGUUCAAAACAAACCAUAUACUUUCUACACUAGCAUGCUAGCUAACUUACAUAUCCACCAAGCAAGAUAUCUGAAUUUGUAAUAAUAUAUUUCUAAAACUGUUUUUCCAACUUAUCCACCUGUCAGCAUAAAUGUGAUCCAGUUAGCACUGCAAAUAUUUAUAGACAUGCAUGUUAGGCUUGCGACAUACCAAUGUAGCGCAUCUUAAGAUGUGUGGGCACAAAAUAUUUUGCAGUAAUCAUUCUGUCAGGACAUGGCUUUGUGUCUGACUAAUGUCUCAGUAAAUUGCAGAAUUGCUCCCUGUGUCUUACUUCUAAAGUAAAAAUUGCUUGGGGGCAAAACUUUCACUGCAGUCAAAAGUUUUAUACCAGUCUACACAGUUUUUAUGUAAUACACAAAAGCACCUAAAAGUGAAUGUUAUGUAUUUCUUUUAUAACAUAAACAGUUACAUCAGUGGUUUAUAAUUGUGUAAUAUUGUU